CUUAGGUUGAUUCUGCGUUAUGUGAUUGGUUCAUGACGAUGCGGAAGUUAUUGUUUCCCUUCCGGGUUCGUGUGCAUGUUUACGAUCCAUCAUUUGAAACAUGGAACAGAAUAAUGAUGGGAGCUUGGCCCAGGUUCGCCAUGUUGUGUUGGUGCUGUCGGGAAAGGGAGGAGUGGGAAAGAGUACCAUCACCACAGAGUUAGCCAUGGCUCUGAGGCAUGCAGGCAAGAAGGUUGGGAUUCUUGAUGUCGACCUUUGUGGGCCCAGUAUCCCCCGUAUGCUGAAUGUAGGCCGGCCGGAAGUGCACCAGUGUGACUCAGGAUGGGUACCAGUCUACAAAGAUGCUCAGAAGAAUCUGGCACUGAUGUCGAUUGGCUUCCUAAUGGAAGACCCAGAUGAAGCUGUGGUGUGGAGGGGCCCAAAGAAAACUGCUUUGAUUGGCCAGUUUGUGUCAGAUGUAGCGUGGGGGGAGCUGGAUGUGCUGCUGGUGGACACGCCGCCAGGGACAUCUGAUGAGCAUUUGGCUGUACUGGAAAAUCUCAAAAAACAUAAAGUGGACGGAGCCGUUUUGGUCACCACACCUCAGGCAGUAUCCACUGGUGAUGUGAGGAGGGAGAUCACCUUCUGCAAGAAGACCGGUGUUCGGAUCCUGGGAAUUGUUGAGAACAUGAGUGGCUUUGUUUGCCCGCACUGCUCUGAAUGCAGCAACAUUUUCUCACAGGGUGGAGGUGAAGAGUUGGCCAAACUGACCGGAUCGGUGUUUCUAGGUUCUGUUCCAUUGGAUCCUCUACUCAGUGCCAGUUUAGAGGAGGGCAAAGACUUCACAGAGUCGUUUCCUGAAAGCUCCACAUUCAGUGCAAUCAGCAGCAUUUCUCAGACUUUGCUCCAGAGCCUCGAGUCAGACUGAUUUCUUUUGCAUAACAUGAUGCAGAUAUUAGUAAUGUUUGUCUUGUACUGUUAACAUAAAAACAUUGAUUACAUCUUAA